AUGGCAAACCAUACCUUCUGGCAGUACAUACGCCUUAAAACAAUUGUCACUCUUAUCCGUUUCAUAAACUACAUCUUCACCCGUGCUCACUUCACGCCCUCACCGACAUGCGUCCGCAAACUCAUCCGCAUUCCCUCCCGCGACCUUACUCGCUUCAUUAACGCUUGGGUCUACUACCCAAACAAUUACAACGACACUAAGAAAUAUGGUCUCGUGAUCAAUUGGCACGGCGGCGCUUAUUGCCUCCCGAAUCUCGGCAUGGACCAUCAAUUCUGCGAGAAAAUAGCUACAGAGAACAAUAUCUUGGUUCUUGAUGCUGACUACCGAAAAGCACCCGAGUAUCCCCUUCCCGGAGCCAUUGAAGACGCUGAAGAUACUUUCAGAUGGGUUGAGAGUCAGGCACAAAUGUUUGAUCUUGACAAGGUUGCGUUGUCGGGGUUUAGUUCUGGAGGAAACCUAGCGCUUGUUGCAUCAUCUGAACUGAGGCGUGAGUUCAAGAUGAACAUCAGGGCGGUAUACGCUUUCUAUCCAGGCGUUGACUUCUCCAUUCCGCCGGAAAAUAAGACGGUCCCGGAGCCCAUCCGACCUCUUCCCGUAUCCUUCCAGCAUCUUCUUGCUGACGCGUACGUACCGCGCGUUGAAGACCGCAAGUCGCCCAAGGCAUCACCGAUGUAUGCCGACGGAACUUCCUUUCCAGAGCAUGUUAUUCUUGUUGCUUCUUCUGGGGAUAUAUUCACGCCCGAGAUUGAAGUUUUCGGGGAGAAAUUGGAGCGGGCUGGUCGUGAUGUUGAGAUUGUCAGGAUCGAGGGGGCUCAUGGCUGCGAUAAGACUACGAACCCAAAGACGUUUAGGCCUGAGGCUAGAGAUUUCGCAUAUGCAAAGGUAGUCCAGAGCUUAAAGGGUAUUAUGCAAUAA